UUUCUGUGGUUAUAUUUAAAAGAAGCUCUUUUAAUUGUUUUAAUUAAGCUUUUGAAAAAAUCUAUUGUGCCUGGAGUUCGGUGCCUGUCUGAGGUCAACCGAAACGCACGGAGGCCGCUCGAUAGCGCGCCAGCUUUUUUUUAACAAUUACUUCCGAUAAUGCGAAAGUCCGAGCGAGGACGAUCGAUCAACCUGUUGCUCGCAGCAAAAUCGCGCAAAUGAGUUCCGAAUCAUUACUUUCGCAGCACCGCGAAGAAGACGCAACAGCUGCCAGUCACACUAGCACAAUGGAGGCCAGGUCAGAACACCAAAAAACCAAAAUGUACGGGACCAUUUAUUCCUUUACCACCUCAUUAGGGGUGGGCUUGCUCAUGAUGGUGCUCUUCUGGAUACUGCACUACAGAGGGGGCUUCGCCUGGCAUUCGAAUCCCGCUCAACAGUUCUACUGGCACCCGUUCCUGUUGGUGCUGGGCAUGGUAUUUUUAUAUUCUCAGUCCAUCUUAGUCUACCGGACGGGCAGGUCAGUGCAGAAAAAGAAACUAAAACUGCUGCAUGGUGCCUUGCACUUGUUGGCGUUUAUUUUAUCCGUGAUCGGAUUGAAGGCAGUCUUUGACUUCCAUAAUCUGUCGGCUACUCCCAUCGCCAACCUUUAUACCAUGCAUUCUUGGAUCGGCCUCAUUACGGUCAUCAUUUUCGCCCUUCAGUUUUUCUUUGGAUUCAUAUCGUUUUUGUACCCCGGAAUAUCGAUGACUUUGAGAAGAGCGAUAAUGCCAAUCCAUAUCGUGGUUGGUACUCUAACGUUCGUUUUGGCGAUCAUUUGCGUUUUAACUGGGCUGACCGAAAAGGCAUUAUGGACUUUGAAAAACUAUGCUGAUUUUCCAGCUGAAGGCUUCGUUUACAAUUUCAUUGGGCUCAUAACUAUAUUCUAUGGCCUUUUGGUACUCUACCUCGUUGGAGAAGCCAGUUAUAAAAGGUCUCCUUUGCCAGAGGACGAGGUGGUGCUCUCGAUGAGCGAUUAAGGUGAAGUUGGGGGGCAAUCCAAAGUAUUAAGUGAGAAAGUAUGGGUCUCAGCUUCUAAGAAUACCUCCAAAGUAUCUGGUGCUUCAGUGUUUAAAGAUUUACGUAUAUAUAGAUAUAUAUAUUAUA